AUGUCGAUAACUGUUGUUGGUGCAUCAAAUUGGGAUAUGUUUACAUAUGUAGAUACCAUGCCAAGAGUUGGUGAAACAAUUAAAGGUAAUGAUUUUAAAGUUUCAUUUGGCGGUAAAGCAGCAAAUCAAGUUGUUCAAGCAGCAUUAUUAGGUUCAAAAUGCACAAUUAUUACAAAACUUGGUGACGAUGUUUCUGGUGUAAAUACAUUAAAAAAUUUUAAAGAUAAAAAUAUAAAUUGUGACUACAUUUCGAUUGUUAAAGAUGUACCAUCAGGAUGUGCAACCAUUAUUGUUGAUAAAAAGGGUGACAAUAACAUUAUUAUUGUAGGCGGUGCUAAUGAUAAACUAUCAGUAGAGGAUAUCGAAAAUGCCAAAUCACAAAUUCAAAACUCAUCACUUCUUUUAUGUCAACUCGAGGUAUCAUUGGAUGUUACCCUUAAGGCUUUACAAGUUGCCAAAGAGUCUAAAUGCAAAACAAUAUUAAAUUUAACACCAAUUAAUGAUAAACCAAUUGUAUUGGAAAUGUUAACUUUUACAGAUAUUUUAAUUGUAAAUGAAAUCGAACUUUAUGGAAUUUACAAAUCGACAUUUAAUUCAAGUGAUGCCAAAGAGGAUGAAAGUGACAUCAAUGAACUUAUUAAAAGAGGUGAACAAUUAAUUAGCAAAUAUAAUAAAAUUGAAAAUAUUAUUGUAACAUUAGGUGGCAAAGGUCAAUUACUUUUAUGCAAAGAACCAAAGGAUAACUGUCACAUCGAAUUAAAAGAAAAAGUUAAAGUUGUCGAUACCACUGGUGCUGGUGAUAGCUUUAUUGGUAGUUUAGCCCAUUAUUUAACCAAAGGAAGUCCAAUGAAGCAAUCAAUAGAACUUGCCUCAAAAGUUGCCUCGAUUAGUGUUACCAGACACGGUACCCAAAGUAGUUAUCCAUCACUAAGUGAAAUUAAUUAG